GGAUUGAAGAACAAUGCUGAGGGCAGUAAAGCAAGUGCAACUGCUUCGGCUACGGCUUCGUUGGCAAGUACAAGUUGUCCUCAGGUGGUGGAUCCGGCGUUACAACAGCAGCAGCUGCAGCAGCAACAGCAGCUGCAGCAGCAACAGCAGCAAGAACUACCGAGUCAAGAAAAAUUAGGAUUGCAACAACCGCAAGGAGGUCAGCCCACAAAUACAACAGAUAAUUCCACUGCUGGCGUCGAGAAGAACGUCCUCGAGACGAACAAGAACAACACAGUGACGAAGAGUAAGAAUCCCUUUCCGCGUGCUGCGCGCCAGAGUCUCGUGUUUGGUCCUCGCAAGUUGUCUUUAUCGCGGAAGAGGUCGCGCAGCACCAGUAGUCGCGAGCCCCAGAGGAGCCGAAGCCCGUCGUCCAAGGGGAAGAGAGGGCGGAGCUCUUCCCGUAGUAAACUAUCCACAGGAAAUUUCCCGGACACGUACAAAUGCGGUCUCUGCAUGACAAAACUUGGCUUUGAUCCUAGUUUAGCAUGACAAGUUUUACGCUCCAAAUUGGUAGAAUUUGUGAUGCAUCUUGUACAUGUACGGGAAAUUUGUAUUGCAUAGAAACCGAAACGGCGCACCAGCAGAGGCAGAACACCCUUGCCGCGCGAUCGGUACCAUGAUAGGGGAAGGAGCACCUUCAGACGAGGCCAAAGCAGCUUCAGGCCUGGGCCGAGCAGGCUGCGAGAUCAUGACAGAGGCAGAAGCACCUUCAGGCCCGGGCCGAGCCGCCGCAUAUCAAAUAUAAAAAUGUCUGGGUCUGGGAACUUGUGAUGCUGCGUAGCGUCUCAUGAUGAGGCUACAAAUGCUGGCUCAGCAUGACAAGUUUCUGAGCGCCUAGGUGUUACCUAUUCUGCAUGACCAACUGCGCUUCUGCAUCAGAGAAAAACGCAGCUCUUGGGUAACGUGCAUGACAGAUUUAAGAGUCAUGCCAAACAAGCAUGACAAACAUGAAUUCUUCCAGACCCAGACAUUUCUACAGUUGAUACCGCAGGUCACCGUACAAUCACGACCGGUACAGUCGGUAUAACGACCGCUAUCGCGCCGGCGGACGCGCGCCCAGCGAGGUGCGCACCAUGCGGGGGGAUCUUCACACAAAAGUGGGCAAUAGCGGGGGAGGACAUGGGGCCCAGAAGGUGCACAGCCUGGCUAGGGGGGAAGGACAAGGAGCCGCGCCUGGAAAGAGCACUAGUGCAGCUGCGGCUUCUUCUUCUUCUGCUGCUGCUCUAGUACUGCCCGACGGUACACGGUACAGCUACUGGAGCUCGGGCGGUACAACUACUGGCGCACCGACGGGAGGAGUACUAUCCGGUGAUCAUGUUGCGGACGGUACUACAACUGGUGCAGCUGCUGUGUAUUCACCUGGUGAUCCAAUCGACGAGAAGUGGGUGACACCGGCAAACGUUGACGACGCGACCCUGAAGGUCGACGAUGAGGAUCCCCGGGCUCUGUUACUACGUGCGAAGGAGGAGGAGAAGCUGAAGGCACAGGAGCGAAAAAGACAAGAGAGAGAAGAAGCGGCGCGAAAAGCUGCACAAAAAGCCGCACAAGAAGAACUGGAAAAAAAGCAGCGAAUGCUGAAGUACGAAAGGGAAAAGGAGAGAAAAGAGAAACUGGAGAAACAAGAAAAAGAAGAGCGCGAAAAGAAAAUGCUAGAACAGCAAGAGCGGGAAAAGGAGCUGGAGCUGCAACGGGAAUUAGAAAGAGAACAGGAGGAGCUGCAGAGGAAGCAGGCUAUGCAUUUUGCAGAAUUAUCGUACUAAUUAGGAAUUAUCGCAGGACAAGUUUGCGUGGCAAUGGCAUGAGAAGUAAACUUUGUCAUGCUCCUGAAUUGGCUUAUGAACAUGAAGUGCGUAGGACAUUUAUCAUGCGGUAUUGCGAUAAAAGUUAGUAGGAUACUUUUGCAGUGGAUACCAGCGGAGAUUGACCUUCAGCAACAGAAGCGCGACGCCAUUCGGAGGCAGCUGGAGGAGCAGCAAAAGAAGCGAAAACUGAUGACGGAGCGGGAGCAAAGGGAGAAUGAGGAGAAAGAGCAAGCGCGCACUGCGAUGGAAAGCGCGGCGAAAGAGCGGGCGGAACGGGAAGAGCUAUCUGCGAGGUUAAUACAACAGGAAAAGGAGCAGGAAAAAGUAGAAAAGCAGAAGCAAAAGGCGACGAAAAAGAGCACUUCAACAUCUGCUCACCAGGUGUUGAAAAAAGGACAAGGAGCGGGAACUGCAUCAUCUCGCCAGGAGCUGUUGAAGAAGGGAGUGGAAUCUAGUAGCAGCGGUAAACUACACAUCAAAAAGGCGGGCAGCAAAGUUGUCGUGUCAGCGACGACGACUAGCGGGAGUUCAUCUAGUGACCACCAAAAUCUUCAAAAGGGAGGACAUGAUGAUGAUGAUGGUGCACCACCUCUUCACAUGGAAAAAAAGAAACUCGUGGUCGACAAGAAGGCACUUCCGAAGAAAAAAAAGAAACCCGUGGUCGACAAGAAGUUACUUCCGAAUAGUAAAAACAAGGUCAAGAAAUCCGUGGUGGACAAGAAGUUGCUAUCCAAGAAGGAAGUGAAGGCUCUCACAGCUGCUGCCAGGAAAAAGGUGCAGGAAGAGAAGAAGACGAAAACCAAUGCAGCUUCCGGGAUGAAAAACAAGAAGGGGCAACAGAUGCCUGCUGCCUCUACUUCUUCCACGAGCAACCCACAACAAGUUCAACGCACUACCGAUCAUUCUGGGCUGUCGGACAUAGGAGCGCCACCUCCAUCUUCGGAGAAUAGAGGAGAAGGAAAGCGAAAGCAGCAGCAGCGGCAAAAUGGCAAGAAGCCGAAAGUUAUGAACUGCAAAAGCAUCGUACUAGUACAAAUUGCGAUUACAAAUUUGCUCAGCAUGACACAUUCAACUUGUAAUGCUGUUUUACCUUAGGAAGAAGAUUUGUCAUGCAUCAUAGCGCUUACUACGAGUGCAAUGUUGCUUUUGCAGAGGAUAAAAGUCGAACUGCGUCAGGACGGUGUUGAACAGGAGAUGAAGCUGCAGGACGAGCAGGGGCUUCAACAGCUGCAAAAUGCCAAAGCGCCACCUCCAUCUUCGGAGAAUACGAAUAGAGGAGAAGGAAAUAUGCGAAUAAAACAGCAGCAGCGGCAAAAUGGCAAGAAGCCGAAAGUCGAAGUACGACGUCAGGAGGAACAUCACGACGGGCAGGAGGAGGAGAAAAUCGAAAUUCAGCUGGAAGAACAAAAUAAUAAUGCCACAGCGCUGCAAAGUAGAAAGCAAAAACUUCUGCGCCAGCAGGACCACGAAGAGAAACAGAAAAAGAAAAUACAGCAGGAACAACAGAACAAGGCUAAAACGCUACUUCUCCGUCAGAAUCUGAAGGCGCUGCAGCAACGACAGGAACAGGAGCAGCAACUGCGCGAAAAACUUGAUGCGGAGCCAGUUUUGAUGAACCAAGGGAUUGCGGGGGCAGCAGCAGCAGCAGGAGCGGAGGCGGGUUAUCUGUCUUCUCCUUUUGAUAUAAUUUCCUCUGCACAGGAGCAGGAUGAAAAAGGAGAUUCUCAUCCGGUGAUCAACAACACCUCCCGGGACGAGAUGUUGAACACAAUCACCCACGACGCUGCUGUUUCGUCAGCUGACCGCGACUCUUUUCGUUCCAGAUCUCGACUUCGUCGUCGUCCGUUAGAUCGCCAAUUUUCGCGAUCCCGGAGCGGACACCGAGGACGGGACGAAAGAGGAAGAUCUACUGCGCAUAGGUCUUCGCAGGGUGGUGCCAGCGCGGUGCAAGGAGGGGGGCAGCAUUCCCACCGGCCUCGCCUGGGCAGCCGCAGUACCCCAGUUAACCAACUUUUGGCACCACCCUCGACCACCAGGAGCUGUACCACGACAGGAACAAAUACGACACGGAACUACAAUCAUGGUCUGGCAGAAGGAGCGACAAGUAGCACGAACACCACCAGUGGUCUACUCGUUGCGCGACAGCAAGAAGAUGAUCAGGAUCUUUUAUUUCAACGGCAGUACUACGAAAAUCAACAGCACUACACAAAAAACACUGGUGCUGCUCACGGGCACCAGGCAGCAGCUUCGUCAUCCUCAUUCUCUGUCGGACAACAGGAAGAUGAGCCUCUUGACAGCAGUAGACAGAGAGGCGAAAGUGCAGAGUCAUUUUUGGACGAGGAACAGGAACGAUACUAUGAGGAGCUGAAUUUCAACUACGACGCAGCACAGCAUGUUGCAGAGAGUCCUCGUCGUGCCGGGUCUUUUUUAAAUGAUCAUCAUGCUGCUCCUCCUCCUCCCCCGCCCGAUAGAAAUAUUCAUCACGCGGAUCAUGAAACAAGAGCCACUACGUCUAGAAACAACCACGACACCACCUCCGAUCUUCAUCUUCCCCGUCACAACUACAGGACCCGCACGGAGUCCUUUGACUCACGACGGCGAUCACGGUCGAGAGUGCGACGAGAAGACAUUGAUCGGAAAAGCGACAGGCGCGGCUCGGAAUUAUCCGGCGGAGCAGGAUCGCCCACGCCACCUCGUGCAGAGAAUGCUGAGGAGGAAGGAGGAGAUCCGAUGCUCCGGGCGUUGGGAAACAUGUACCGAUUUUAGGAAAACAUGAAACGACGGGCGUCGUCUACAACACCCGUGCCGUUUCAGGAACAAAUAAUGUACGAGGUUUUUACUAGUAGAGAAGAGCGGGAAGUUGAGAAGUGCGUCGCAGCUUCUCCUCGUCAUACUACUUACGUAGAACUCGAGUUUUAUCCGUAUCUAUUUAUUCUGGAGUGGUAGUGGUCUUGUUACCAACAUUUUUGGCAAAAAUGUUGGUUGAUGUCGCCCUUUCAUUUUUAUUUCGACGUCGUCUGCGAGUGCGAAAAUGAAAAUGUCAAAACACGACAUGAAUUUCAUCGAACUUUCUUGAUGCAACACUUCAUCGUCAAAAAUACGGGCACAUUAAUUGUGGUCUGGCUCGCAUGAAAAUCAAAAUUCAAGUGAGCUGCCAGUACAUUUUUUCAAACGACGACUUUUUGCAGCUCCAGGUGUGAGGGCCCUUCGUUUUUUAUUCAAGGAGACUCAACUACAAUCUGUCUUUACUCGUCCCCACCUCAGUUAGUACUAGUAGCACUAGACAGCACCCGGCUAUUCAAGUCCUUGAGUCGGAAAAAAUUUUGCCAUUUCUGUGUUAGUCCGAUACAAAACAAAGAAUGCUGUCGAUGAAAUGAAGGAACUCCACCAACACGACGACUAUACUAACUUAUUCACGAGAUGAAAACUAAGAACAAGACAUGGCUCGAAAAUUGGUGGCGCUACCUCUAGGCUGCGAGCGACAAACAAACUUUUGGAAGACGUACGAUUUCCGAGGUUACAUGGCUUGCGACAUUCUUAUUUUUCAAAUUUUCAAUUCAAGUACUACAACAGAUCUACUUCAUGCGAAAAAAUAUAUACGACAACCUCAACCAGCUAGAAGAUGAUGAAAGGCAAAUGCUACCAUGGAUGUCUAUGACUAUGUCUUCACAGCUGGUUGCCAUUCGAUUUCUACAACAUAGAGGGCCAGAUAUUAGUUGCUGCAGCUUUGCUAAUUGUAAUUUUGACGAUCGAUGUGUUGUAUGUGUGCAAAAAUGCGAAAAAUUUCAUAUCCUUUUCAUCUAGAUAAGUAAAUCUUUGAGAAAAAUCUUUGCCGGGCAGCAGAGCUAGCGUCGCUCUCUUUGCACUCGUGAUUGUAGUGGUUGC